AUGUACCCAGAUCACAAACCAUUAGAAGUGAUUUAUGGAAGAAAAUCCAGACCUAAUGCAAGGAUUGAACGAUGGCUAUUAAAACUUAUGACUUACAACUUCAAAGUACGUUACUCACCUGGGCAUCAGAAUAUCGCAGAUGCGUUAUCACGGUUGGUGGACAAGACACCUGUAGAAAACAGUAAUUCAAGAGACACUGAGCAAUAUGUGAAAUUUAUUGCAAGGGAGGCAACCCCUCAGGCACUGUCAACUCGAGAAGGAGAAGAAGCUUCAAAGAGGGAUGAAGAACUUAUUCGAGUUCGGAAAUUCAUCAAAGAGGGAAAGUGGGAUAAAUCAUGUGUUGAUUAUUACCCAUUCCGAGAUGAACUUUGUUGUAUUGGAUACGUGGUGUUACGUGGAUCCAGAAUAGUGAUUCCGAGAAAUCUCAGGAAGCAGUGUGUACAGUUAGCUCACCAGGGUCAUCUAGGAAUCGUUGGGACAAAACAGCAGUUACGUACUAAAGUGUGGUGGCCUGGAAUGGAUAAGGAAAUGGAGAAGUAUGUAAAAUCGUGUCACGGAUGUCAGAUUACCAGUGCGUUUCCGAAACCGGAACCAAUCAGUCCUACUUCAUUACCAACAGGGCCAUGGCAAGAAUUGGGCAUUGAUAUUCUUGGACCGUUAACGUCUGGACAGUAUGUCUUAGUUGUUGUUGAUUAUUACAGCAGACACUACGAGAUUGAAGUUACCGAGGAUAUUACAAGUGGGAAAAUCAUUGAUACGCUGGAGGUAAUGUUUUGUCGACAUGGACUUCCUUUACAAAUAACUUCUGAUAAUGGACCCCAAUUCAGAUCUAAGUUAUUCAAGGAUUACUUGACAGAUAACUGUAUCAAGCACCGAGCAGUUACACCGUUACAUCCGUCAGCAAACGGAGCGGUAGAAAGACAAAACAGAUCCUUGAUGAAAAAAAUUCGGAUUGCACAUGCAGAGUCUAAGAAUUGGAAGGAAGAAAUCCGCAAAUAUUUAUUUGCGUACCGAACCACACCUCAUAAUACGACAGGAGUACCACCUGCCGAGUUGAUGUUCCGUCGGAAGCUGAGAACAAAGCUACCGCAAGUGGAAAAUCUACGAGAAAACAACUAUGAUGAAGGAGUGCGCGACAAGGAUUCUUAUUCCAAAUACAGAAACAAGCUUUAUAUCGACGAGAAACGUGGUGCAUUGGAUUGUGAUUUAGAGCUAGGGGAUUCGGUCCUCUUGAAAAAAUCAGUCAAGGACAAAAUGGAUAAGCCGUAUUAUGCUGAGCCGUAUCAACUGGUACAGAAAACGGGAAACAGUUGUGUCGUAAAAUCGCCGGAGGGAGUGUUAGUGAAGCGUAAUAGUGAAUUCGUUAAAAAAUAUCAGGAACCGGAAAGUGUGUCCGAUAUUCCAGAGAAUACGAGUGAUCUUAGUGAACCGAGUGUCGAGACUAGUGCAAAUAGUGAUGAUGUUCCGUCCUCUGCUCCAGUAACUCCGAGCGUAAGAAGGUCUACCCGUAUACGGAAACUACCGCAACGUCUUAAGGACUUUGAAAUGUGA